AUGCCAAACACGCCUCGAGUACUCCUGGUCCUUGCCGCCCUGGCGCCCCUGGCCUGGGGCAGCCCCUCAUCGGGCAAUCUAGGUGCGCGGCAACUAGAGACGCAGGAGAUGCCACGGCCAACAUUCGGCCCCGUCCCGUGGGGGGAGCAGCUCGGCCGCGACGACUUCCCCUGCACAAAGCCGGGCCGGAUCGCCUUCACCUUUGAAGACGGCCCUUCGCCGUAUACGGCGUCGAUCGUCAACACGCUGCGCCGGUACAGCAUCAAGGCGGCCUUCUUCAUGACGGGCGACUUUCAAGGCGAAGGUCUGUCGCAGCCCCGGCACCAGGGCCUCGCCAGGUCCAUGUACGGCCAGGGCCACCUCCUGGGCAGCCACUCGUACAGCCACGGCGACCUGCGCAGCUUCACGGAGGACGAGGUGCGCGCGGACCUGCUCGAGAUGGAGGCGACGUUUGUCGAGGCGCUCGGGGUGGUCCCGACCUACUUUCGCGCGCCGUUCACCGAGUGCGACGUCGGCGACUGCCUCGUCGACAUAAGGCCGCUCCGCUACCACAUCGUAGACUACAACGUCGACUCGUUUGACAAUGACGAGUUCGCCGACCCCGCGGACCUGGUUGCUUUCUUCAGAGAGACGCUGGCGGGCGCCGACCUCGCGGUCGCGUCGUACAUUGUGCGGUUCCACGACAGCGAGGAGGCCACCGCCGACGGUCUCCUCGAGGACUUUAUCCUCGUGGCCGCCGACCGGGGGUUCGAGUUCGUCACGGUUGGCGAGUGUCUUGGCGACGACCCUGGCAACUUUUACCGCAACUCGCAGACCGGCAACGCGCUGGGCAGCGGUGAAGAGCUGCCUGCUUCGCCGAUCCCUUCCAGCGCAGAGCCGACUGCGGCACCGGCCAGCACCUCUUUUUCUUCCAGCAGUGUCGAGCCGGGUUCUUCUGCAAGUGAGACGGCUGGUGCGCCUGAAGUAACCGGAAACCCAGGUACUAUGAUCAGCGACACCCAGACGUCUACCGCUGCGGGUCAAGAGGCGACCGUCACUCCUGAGACGCUCACGCGGGAAACUCUGUCGGUAGCUUCUACCACGGUCGACACGGCUGGCUCGGAGGACUCGACCAUUACCGCAACCCAGACGUCUGCGCAAACCGAGACGGACACAAGAGACGGCUCAGCGGCAACAAGCACUCCUACCGUAACUGGCACCUCAGACUUGGUCAUUACAUCUGACGGCACAACAACCAUCACCCAGACAUCUCUGUCUGGUACUGUUACUUUGACGUCUUCAGAGCAGACCACUGAAGAUGUAUCCCAGACAGCACUCGGGAGUUCUGUUGAUGCAACACGCGGCCUUGUUACCACUCUGCUGGUUUCGCAGACAACUGGGGUCGCCACAUCUGAAGAAUCCCCUGCCUCACAGAGUCUCAUAGCCACGAGCACCGCUUCCGAGACAACUAGCAUUGGUUCUGGCAUGCCGGCUUCGAGUGUCGUGGACGGCCAGGUUACUUCUGAAGCCCUCAGUGAUCCCGGCAUUAUCACCAGCACCGGCACCGGCACCGGCACCGGCACUGGUUUCCGCACUUCUACGGCGAGUGUCACAGACAGUUGGCUUCCUUCCGAGACCGUCAGCGACUCCGACACUCCCAGCGCCACCAUCAGCACUACCGUCAGCACCACCUGCACCACUGCCACUUGUGUCAGCACCACGAUUAUGAGCAGCGACGAAACGGCAAAAUCUGCCACCUCCACAGACGGUGAAUCCGAGAGCGGGCCCACGGCAACAUUGCAUCCUGGCACCGGCACAGGAGGCAUCGAGACUCUGGACCGCACCACCCAAGACGCGCAGACAACCAGCCGAAACGUCCAGGGUUCAUCCCCGACCUCGGCCUCAGACACGACCUCACUGCCGGCAGCGACCCGCGUUGAGAGUCCAGGAGAUGAUGCCACCCAAGCAAACACCCCAGCCGCACCAUCAUCCCCGACUUGCGGUCCCGAGACGACGCCGUCCAGCGCGGCUGCCCACCCGCCAAACCACGUCCAUUACGCCAGCGGCACGACCGUCACGCACAGCGCAGGAGCGACACGUUGCCCGCGCACGACCGGCGAUGCCGCCCCGCAGCCGGCAACGAUGUGGGCUGGAGGAGCCCCGGCCAGCGACGACGGCAAGCACGCGGUGUACGCUGCCGGCAUGCCGCUCGUCGGCGCUCGGCCUGCGGCUGCUGGCGUGGCUGGCCUUGGCGUCGGUGGCUUGUCGUCUGGUGCUGGAGCGGGCGGCGGGGGCGGCUCGACUGUCGCGCCGACGCGGGUGCUUGACGCGGGUGGCUUUGCUCUUGGUGGCUCUGGCCGUGUUGCCGUGGCUGUUGCGGCCCUGGCGUGGAUGGUUGUUUGA